ACCUCUCUGUCUUCAGUCACUGAAGGGCCACUUUCAUCUUUAUCAUCUGCACUGUUACUCUGCUUAAGGCUAAUUUAUCAGAAAAUAGGAUGGUGUCCCCUGCUAUUGCUCUGGCCUUCAUCCCCCUCCUGCUGACAGUGCUCAUCAGGUGCCGUUUCUACUUUGUGCUGUUCUAUCGGGCGGUCCUGGUCAGGAUCUGGAGGGACUGUGUUACCGGCCUGAGUCGAGAGGAGCGUGCCUACCAGUACGUUCUCACUCACGCCACCCCCGGAGACCCCGACAGCAUCCUGGACGCCUUUGAUGUCUGGUGCAGCAAGAUGGAGUUCAUCAGCACCAUUGGGCCUAAAAAGGGGAAGGUCCUGGACCGGAUGCUGAUGGAGCAGAGCCCUCUGACGGUGCUGGAGCUGGGCUCUCACUGCGGGUACACCACAGUGCGCAUCGCCCGCUCUCUGCCCUUGGGUGCCAGGCUCUACAGCGUGGAGAUGGACCAGAGAAAUGCUGCUAUCGCCGAGAAAAUUAUCCGCCUGGCAGGGUUUGACGAUGACACGGUGGAGCUCAUCGUGAAUCCAUCCGAUGAAGUGAUACCUCGGCUGCGGUCUGAAUAUGGUUUGGAAAGGCUGGAUUUUGUCUUCAUGGACCACUGGAAGAAAUGCUACCUCCCUGAUCUGCAGAUGUUGGAGGGUACUGGUCUGCUGGGAAAAGGGUCUAUGAUCGUGGCCGACAAUGUGCUGUUCCCUGGGGCGCCAAAGUUCCUCAGAUACAUUCGGAAGAGCGGCCUGUACGAGUGGAAGGUCCACCGUGCCACACUAGAGUACAGCCGAGGCAUCAGGGACGGGAUGGCUGAGCUGGUGUUCCAGGGAAUCAAGUAGAUCAUGCAGACUGGGACAUCAUCCCACACUUCAAGUCAGGUAUACUACUAUAGAGUAGCUAGCAAAGGAUGAAUUCAUUACGGUAAAAACAUUUAUUAAACUAAAUUUUAAUGGUAAAGACAGUUGUUAAAUCCCCGAAAGAGUUAAAUUCACCAUAACAUUGUGGCAUGCCAGUGUGUUAUAUUAUGAAGUUGCAUUGUAUCUGUUAUUUCCUAAGUAACUUCCUGCCAGCUCCCCCUCCUGGCUAAAAAGGAGAAUGAUUAGUGAAAGAAACUGUCAUGUAACACUUGU